UGUGGCUACUUGCCAAUGCAGUAAGAGCCCGCCUCCUCAUCCAGGACAUAAAACCUCCACCAGCUUCCUUGAAGAGGAAGCAGGCAUUCAUCUGCUGUCUCGGAAAAGUCUCGGCAGCAGCCAUGGCCACCUUCGUGGAGCUCAGUACCAAAGCCAAGAUGCCCAUCGUGGGUCUGGGCACCUGGAAGUCUCCACCAGGGAAAGUGAAGGAAGCUGUGAAGGCCGCCAUUGAUGCUGGAUAUCGCCACAUUGACUGUGCAUACGCCUAUCAGAAUGAGAGUGAAGUAGGGGAAGCCAUCCAAGAGAAGAUCAAAGAGAAGUCUGUGAAGCGGGAGGACCUCUUCAUCGUCAGCAAGCUGUGGCCCACCUUCUUUGAGAAAGGCCUGGUGAAGAAAUGCUUCCAGAAAACCCUCUCGGAUCUGAAACUGGACUAUCUGGACCUGUAUCUAGUUCACUGGCCGCAGGGAUUCCAGGCUGGGACUAGUAUAUUCCCCACAGAUAGUAAAGGCAAACCUAUCAUGAGUAAAUCCACAUUCUUGGAUGCCUGGGAGGGCAUGGAGGAACUGGUGGACCAGGGUCUGGUGAAAGCCCUGGGCAUCUCCAACUUCAACCACUUGCAGAUUGAAAGGCUCCUGAACAAGCCUGGCCUCAAACAUAAGCCAGUGGUUAAUCAGAUUGAGUGUCACCCAUACCUCACUCAGGAGAAACUGAUCGAGUACUGUCACUCCAAGGGCAUUGGUAUCACCGCCUACAGCCCCCUGGGCUCUCCAGACAGACCUCAUGCCAAGCCAGACGACCCCGUAGUCAUGGAGAUUCCCAAGAUCAAGGAGAUUGCUGCAAAUCACAAGAAAACAAUAGCUCAGGUUCUCAUUCGGUUCCACGUCCAGAGGAAUGUGGUGGUGAUCCCCAAGUCUGUGACACCCUCCCGUAUACAGGAGAACAUUCAGGUCUUUGACUUCCAGCUGAGUGAUGAAGAGAUGGCCACCAUUCUAAGCUUCAACAGAAACUGGAGGGCCUGUGGCCUGUUUGCCGCCAUCAAUGAGCCCGACUUCCCUUUCCAUGAGGAAUACUGAAGCUGAUUCACUUGAUGAGAAGGCCUGGUGGAUCGCAUUGUGCGAAACUCCCUCCCUGAGUCCUGCUUUAGCCAAGUGUGUCUGACAUCAACCUUGGUAUAGGCCCAUCAGACCACGCUGAAUUUAAAUCCUUGUGUUCAACCAGGAGCAGACUGUCACAGGGAAAUUCGACUCGGAGAAACAAAGGACAAUGGCUUUCACUAGGGAGAUCUGACCAAAUCUUAGUCAAACACUAGGGACUCGGGUAACCCUGAAGACUCCAAGGCAAUACAAUAAAAGCAAUAGCAGUGCUUCUU